GGCAUUCAAUAUGAAGCACUGAGAUAUCUCACUGGAGAGUGUAACUAUGGUGGACGAGUAACUGAUGAGUGGGAUCGUCGUACAUUGAACACUAUCCUGGCAAAGUUCUACUGCACUGAUAUUGUUGAAAAGGAUGUAUACUAUCUCUCUCCUUCUGAUGUCUACUAUGUUCCAAGAGGGAAGGAGCAUGAUUUAUUCCUCAAUUACACAUGCACAUUGCCAUUCAUCACUCACCCUGAAGUGUUUGGCAUGCAUGAGAAUGCUGACAUCAGGAAGGACCAGCAGGAGGCAGAGCAGCUGUUCAACAGCAUGCUGCUGACACAGGACAGAACUGAUGCCCUUUCAGCAGACAGCUUUGAGAAGUUUUCAGAUGAAGUGGUGUUGGAAGUGUCAGCUGAUAUUCUGCAGAAACUUCCUAAGAACUAUGACUUGGAUGUAGCCCUGGAAAAGUACCCCAUGUUAUACAAUCAGUCUAUGAACAAUGUGCUGGUCCAAGAAAUGGGGCGAUUCAAUGUCCUCCUGACAUGUAUCAGAAACAGCCUCAUCAAUGUUCAGAAAGCUAUCAAGGGCUUGAUGGUGAUGCCACUUGAGCUGGAAGAGGUGGUGACAAGCAUCCUCACAGGAAAGACCCCAUCUGUGUGGAUGAAACAGUCAUAUCCAUCCCUGAAACCCCUUGGCAGCUACAUCAGCGAUUUUCUGGCCCGACUGGACUUCUUCCAGGUGCUGUAAAGUAAAACUGUGGAUAUUUUUUAGGUUCUGCCAGGAAUAAAUUGUGUACUUUCAUUAAAUUUAAGCUUCUCUUCACAUGCUGUGCUCAGUUUAAUUCAUCAGCUGACAUAACCGCUUUUGAAGUCAGAUUUUGCCUGCAAGAAAAGAAACUUUUGUUCGCAUGCUGGGCUGAGAUUAAUUCAUCAGAUAAUGCUCAGUAAGAGCAGGAUUGAUGCUGUUAAGAAAUUUCUGUGAAGCUUUGAGUAUUUGUUCCCUCUGCUGUUUAAUUUUCAUGUUCAACUUUCCUGGAUCAUGGCUGCUUCUUACACCCUAAGGUUAACUUCAUCCCUUCAUGUUCAAUCUCAUUCUUAUUUUUCUGCUUAUGUUUUAGUAUUUUUUGGUGUAUUUAAGACCAACCAAGAGACCGCCACUUGUCAGCAAAGUUAGUGCCAACGUUUAGCGGACAGAGGAUGUCAUGUGGUCAGUGCAAUGAAUC